GCAAUCCGGGUCACAAGCCGGUAAAGUCCGGGUGAGGUACAGCGGCGACAUGUAGACGAGGCGGCAGCCCAGCAGCGCGGCAUGGCGCUCGCAUGCAUGGCGCUGCUGGCCGCGCUGGCCGCCGCUGCCGGGCCACCGCCGUCGACGCGCGCCCCCGACGCGUUGGAGCUGGCCGAGGUGGCGGAGGUGCCGGCGUGGCGCGAGCUGUGGUACGGCUCGCUGGAGGCGCUGCACCGGGAGCCCAGCAUCAACAACACGCAGGAGGAUGUGGUCGUGCAGCUCGGUGCGGUCGCUUUCCUGCACUGUCCUGUGCGCAACCUGGGCGAGCGCGGCGUGUCCUGGGUGCGUCGCCGCGACUGGCACAUCAUCAGCUCCGGGAUGCUCAUGUACACUAACGACGAACGCUUCCAGGUGCUGCACAGUGAGGGUUCCGACGACUGGAUCCUUCAGAUAAAGUACGUGCAGAAAAGAGAUAAUGGCACCUAUGAGUGCCAGGUGUCGACGGGCGGCGGCACGCUGUCGCGGCUGGUACACUUGCACAUUGCGGUGCCGGAGGCUUUCAUCCUUGGCGCCGACGAGCACCACGUGGACGCUGGCUCCACCAUCAACUUGGUUUGCAUCAUCGAGAAGGCGCUGUACUGCAGCUCGUCUGGUUGUAUGCGACAGAGCCCGGUGCCGCCGCAGUACGUCUUCUGGUACCACAACGCGCGCAUGAUCAACUACGACGCGGCGCGCGGCGUCACCGUGCUCACGGAGCCGGGGCCCAAGACGCAGUCGGCGCUGGCCAUCCGCUCGGCGGGCCCGCAGCACUCCGGCAACUACACGUGCUGCGCCGCCAACACCGAGCCCGCGCACAUCUUCGUCUACGUGACGCAAGGCAGUGAGUACCUGCUGGCCUCCGCCGGCCCCGGCAGGCAGUCCGUGACGCGCGGCGUGUUGCAGGCGACACCAUGGCGGCCACGCUGA